AUGAAGAAACGAAUACUUAUUUUAUUACUAAUUGCUUUGAUAUUUAUACAAGUCGGAGUACAUGGACAAUCUGAAAAAUGUGUAAACCAUGGAUUUUGUAUUAAAAUAACACCAACCGGAAAUUCAUUAUCCUUUGAACUAGAAGCUCCAACGAAUAUGGGAUGGGUCGCAAUCGGUUUCGGUAAUUCUAUGAUUGGAAGUUACAUUGUGAUGGCCUGGCCUUCAACGAAUGGAUCAGCAAUAAUUUCACAACGUAAAGCGGAAGAAUAUGGUGUACCAUACCCCACCGAACAACAAAAUGACCUUAGUUUAGAUGCUACGGCAAGUGGUUUGAAAGAUGGAAAGUUCAUUGCAAAAUUCACUCGACCGGUUUCUGUAACUGGAUCAAAAAUCGAAACAGCCGAACAACCAAUCAUUUGGGCUCUUCAAACCGACGACCGACCUCCGGAUGAUCCUGAAACUUAUGAAAUCACUAUACAUAACGCUAAAGGAAAAUUUAUCUUUAAAUCAACUGGUGUGCCCGUCAUGAGUAAUUACGAAAAAUACAUUAUCGCUCACGGAGUGGCCAUGUUCUUUGCGUGGGGUAUCGUGGUGCCUGGAGCUAUUUUUAUUGCAAGAUUCACGAGAAACAUAAUUCCGCAAAAGUGGUUCCGACUUCACUGGGGAAUUCAACAAUUCGUGGCUUCUCCUUUAAUUUUGUUUGGAAUAAUAUUUGCAAUCACGGCAGGUGUGAGAUUCAAUGCUUCCAAUUCACAUCAUCUUCUUGGACUUGCCGUAUUUUUGGGCUACAUCUUUCAAAUUUCUCUCGGGUGGAUUCAUCAUAAACUCUAUGAUUCGGCCAGAAAAUACUACCCAUGGUGGACCAAACUACACUGGUGGUGGGGACGCAUAUUAACACUCUUGGCGUUUAUACAAAUUCCGUUGGGAUUCCAACAAUACAAUGCAUCGCAUGAAGUCUUCGUGGGAUAUUAUGCCUACGUCUCACUUAUCUUGACUUCCUUUGGGGGCUUAUCAUAUUAUUUGUACAAGAAGAGGAUAAACGAUAUAAAAGCGUUUAAUAAGUCGGAUGUUCUUUAUACCGGAAUACGUCAAGAUGAUGUAGAGCAACAGAGUUAA